AUGCCUACCGUAAAAAUUGCAAUCAUUGGUGCCGGUCCAGCUGGAUUAACACUAGCGCGCAUACUACAACAAAACUCCAUCACCUGCAUAGUAUAUGAAGCCGAGUCCUCACGCAACAACCGCAAUCAAGGUGGGACACUGGACUUACACCCUGACGCCGGACAACUAGCUCUCAAAGAAGCUGGCCUCCUCCCAAUAUUCCACAAGCAUGCCCGUCCAGAAGGAGAAGCGAGUAAAAUCGUAAAGUACGAUGGGUCUGUGCUCUGGGACGAUAAUGUCAUGGAACCUUGGAGAUCUGCAGAAGAAGGCGAGCAGCAGAGACCAGAGAUCGAUAGAGUUGUCUUGAGAGACAUCUUGAUCGACUCUCUUGAGGAGGGAACUCUCAAGUGGGGGAAGAAAGUCCUAGGAGUUGUGGAAAACGAGAAGACGAAGGGGAAAUUCAAUGUCUCUUUUGCGGAUGGGACCAUGGAGCAGGAUAUCGAUCUGCUGGUUGGUGCUGAUGGUGCAUGGUCGAAAGUCCGGCCUCUUCUCACGUCUGAGAAGCCUUUCUAUUCGGGUAUCACGAUGAUUGAAUUUUGGGCUUUAGAUGCCGAGAAGAAGAGCCCGUGGGUGUCGCAGUAUGUCGGACAGGGAAGCAUGUUCAUGUUCGACGAAGGGCGUGCCAUCAUAUGCCAGCGCCAGGGAACCGGCGCCAUCCGCACCUAUGCCUGUGUCCGCAAACCGGAAUCCUGGGCCAAGGAAUGUGGCAUCGAUUGGACAGGUGCUGAUGCCCGGGAGCGUCUUGUAGCGCAAUACUUCAACGACUGUGGAGAGGAUCUAAAGCGACUGAUUCUCGAAAGCCAAGAUGGGCUUAUUCUGCGCCAUAUAUGGAUGCUGCCUGUAGGUGUGAAAUGGGAUAAGGACGCUUGCCCUGGAGUUACUCUUCUGGGGGAUGCGGCUCAUCUGAUGACACCUUUCGCAGGCGUGGGUGUCAACGUUGCAAUGGGCGACGCGUUGGAGUUGGCAAACGCUAUCAUUGCGAGGAAGGAGAGCAAAACGGCAAAAUUCGUAAGCGAUAAGAAUAACAUUGCUCGUGCAAUUGAGCAGUAUGAGAAAUCAAUGUUUGAGCGGGGAGAACGAGCUGCUACUAAGACGAUGCACGGCUUGAAGGGACAUUUCAGCGCUACUGGAUCAGAGGAAAGGGCAAGCAGAAUCCAGAAAGGGUAUAAUAUGAUUAUGGCACAGAAGGCGGAGAAGAAAUAG